UGACGGUUCCUUGUCGAAGAAAACUGUAAGAGGGAGCAUUCUCUCUAGAAUCCUUGGAACCCUUCACAACCUAGCCAAGAGAGUUCCAACAAGAGGCAACUUCCAUGCUUGCAAUGCCGUCAAAGUUAUUCUUCCCAUGAUAGAUGACAAGGUUUCCAUUUAUGCUACCAAGGCAUUGCUUCUCUUGGCAUAUUUGAUAGACGAGCAGAAUAACAAUCUGAUCAUGGCAAACAAAGAACCAAUCAAUUACCUCGUGACUCUGAUUGACAAGGCUAACCAAAGAUCUAACAGAAGAUAUUUGGGCUUUUCAAACAGUGAGCUUGCCGAAGGUCUUGCUCAAAUAGCUAUCAACGAUGCCAAUAAGAAGCAGAUUGUAGCCAGUGGAGCAAUACCUGUACUCACACGGUUGAUUAGAGGAGCCAAAUCAGAAGAAGAGGAAACAGCCGCCGCUGAGGCAUUGUGGGUGCUUGCUUUUGAUAACGAAAAUAAAGAGAAGAUGCAAAGCGACAAAGCGUGUAUGGAGAUGUUGUACAAACUGAAGGACAGUAGUAAUGACAGGGUAAAGAAGGCAGCAAGCGGUGCAUUGUGGGAAAUAGAGGGGAAACAACAACACUCUUCUCAUUUGGCUGAUAUAGCUGACGCUCUGCAAGAUGACAAGCCAAGUGGUGCCACAGACGCUGCCACAACUAACCACGUGAUGAUCAGCUACCAGUGGGAUGUACAGAAGACUUUGAUUCAAGUUAAAGACCGGCUCCAAGCAGCUGGUUAUAGAGUCUGGAUGGAUUUAGAGCAGAUGGGUGGGUCUACACUUGAGGCCAUGGCUAGAGCUGUAGAGAAUUCUGCUGUAGUGUUGGUGUGUGUGUCGCAGAAAUACAAGGAGAGCUCUAACUGCAGAUCAGAGGCUGAGUACGCCUUUCAGCUAAAGAAAGACAUUAUUCCCCUCAUGAUGGAUCGUAACUACAGACCAGAUGGCUGGCUGGGAAUGAUAAUGKGCUCCAAACUAUGGAUUGAUUUCUCUCAACGACAUGGUAGAUUGGAUCCUUAUAUAAGAGACUUGCAGAAGGAGCUAGGCGAGAGAGGAAAAGGCAACGCAGAAAUCGUUCAAGUCAGUAGUGUAGACGUAGUUGAUGCCAAACCCACCGUAGAUAUUAGUGAAUGGACUAACGAUGACGUCAUGAACUGGAUGACAAGCUUUGGUCUUGUCUUCAAAAAGAAAAAUCAUCGCGUUUCUGACAAGCUGACUGGUCCAGUACUAACACGACUACAUUCCUUGAGAAACGAGAGCCCCGACUUUUAUUACUCAUCUCUCAAGAAUGAUAUUGGCCUAUCUGAUGUCUUUGAUGUAAUGCUCUUCACCGAUGAACUGGAAAAAUUGCACGAAGAAAUGCUGAUGAUGGGUUCUGGAAAUACCAAAAAUGUUCUACGAAAAGCCGAAGAAACACCAGAUAAGGAUGAAGACCACGAGAAACCAAGGCAACUGGACUACGAUAUUGUAAACAAAGCUCCCGGUAAACCUUCAAAUGAUCAAGAAAAAAAWAAAAAUAAAUUAAAAAAUAAUGAUCCAACACGUAAAGAAAUAAAAAAGGAUGAAGUGAAGAAUUCAAAUGAUUCAGAUGACGAGGAAUUACAGACUCCUGAAGACGUUAUGCUUAAGCUCUCUGAGAGGGGUUUUAGUGACCCUACUCUGGUCUCUCACUGUCAAAGUACGCCAAAAUACUUGGAAUAUUUUACUUCUAUCUACGAAGCAAUCAAACUCAUCGAGGAGAAAAUGGAAGGGGAUGAUGUCUUAAGUAUACAGCGUCAAGCUACGGUAGUUUCGAGCCUUUAUUCUAAAGUAAAAAGAAAAACUGUGUUAGGAAACUUUCUAGCUGAAAUUGGCUUUGCAAGAAUGUUUAAAGAAAUUUAUUUGAAGUUGGAUUCUGGCUUUCCUGAGCUUUUAACUUAUGAUAGAGAGCUGGAUGAGAACUUAAAAAAGGCUUCAGCUGUGGAGAACGAAUCUAAUAAGAUUACAGAUACAAAGGAAGUGAAAAAUUCUGACGACCAGUCUGCAGAAUCUAGUGAUAAGAUUAUAGACGAAUCUGGUAACAAUCCUACUAUAUCUAGCAAUCAACCUAUAGAAACUGGUUUAACCACUGAAAAAUGUAGCGAAGAAGUAACUGAAGUGAGUGUGGGCAACAUGAUGCCUAAUAAUCAGGCAAUAGAAAAUGGCGAAACCAAUGAAAAACCCAAUGCACAGGGAGUUAUUUUAAAUGCUACAGAACCUAAUGAUGGGCCAAAAGAAGGAGUGAGUGAUGUGCUACCCAAUAAUCAGCCUAAAGAUUGCAUACAGCAUUCAAACUCAAGUAAUCAGCCUACAGAACCUAAUGAUACUAAGCACACCAAUUAUGAAUUGAAAAUCUCAAGUGGUCAAACUGAUGUCGGUAGUAGUGUUCAGCCAGAUUCAAACAAUCAUGCAGAGGAAAAUGUUACAGAAAACACAGACAAGGCAAUCGAUUCUGAGGAGAAACAAAUAACCAAACCAAGUAUUUGUCUGCGAAAAGCACAAGUUUUGUUGAACAAGAUUAUGCUGUCAGCCAUCAACUACACUGAUGCUUGUGAGAAAAUGAAUCUUGCAUUCAGUGAGGAAGGUGUGGUUCAAUUAUUGGUUGAUGCUGUAGCCAAGCUGAAGGACUGCACUGGGCAUCAUGUGAAAUAUAUGAAUGAAGAAGGUGGACUUAAGAAGAGAACUGUAAGAGGAGGCAUAUUAACAAAAGUAAUGGGAACCCUUCAUAACAUGGCAAAGAGAGUACCCACUAGACCUAACUUUUAUGCCUGCCAUGCCGUCAAGAUAUUACUGCCCUUGAUAGAGGAUGAGGUCAAUUGUUUUGCCAUAGAUGCACUACUUAUUAUAGCAUACCUAAUAGAUGAGGAGAAUAACAAUCUAAUAAUGGCAAAUGAAGGUCCUAUUAAGUACCUGAUUUCAAUGAUUAGUAAGGCAACAGAGAAAUCAAUACACAGGUACCUUGGCUACACAAACAGUGAGCUUGCACAGGGCCUGGCUCAAAUAGCCAUCAAUGACAACAACAAGAAACAGGCUGAGUACGCCUUUCAGCUAAAAAAAGACAUCAUUCCCCUCAUGAUGGAUCGUAACUACAGACCAGACGGCUGGCUGGGAAUGAUAAUGGGCUCCAAACUAUGGAUUGAUUUCUCUCUACCUCACAUCAAUAAAGUUGAAUCCAGUGUAAAGGAUUUGAUAAAAGAGCUUGGUGUGAGAGGAAAACUAGGCGAUUCUGAGAUUAUUCAAGUCCGUAGCGUAGACAUUGUAGAUGCUAAGCCCACCGUAGAUAUCAGUGGGUGGAGUAAUAAUGACGUCAUGAAUUGGAUGAAAGGAUUUGGUCUCGUCAUAAAAAAUAAAAGUGCAGCUGCAAAUCUCACAGGAUAUAUACUCACAAGGCUCCAUACCUUUAGGAAUGAAGUGAGUCCCGAGUUUUACUAUUCCUCCCUCAAGGAAGACUUUGGCUUUCCCAGAAUGAUAGACGUACUCAUAUUCAGCGAUGAAUUGAAAAAGUUAUUGAGCUAGACCUGUGCUGAUAUUCUUCAAUCCAUCCCAUCCAUGAACCAUCCCCAAUCCAUCCAUCUCAUUCUAUGCAUCUAUCCAUCCAUCCAUCCAUCCCAUUCUAUGCAUGCAUCCAUCACAUUCUAUGCAUUCAUCCAUUCAUCCAUCCCAUUCUAUGCAUGCAUCAAUCUCAUUUUAUGCAUCCAUUCAUCCAUCCAUCCAUCUUAUUCUAUGCAUGCAUCCAUCACAUUCUAUGGAUUUAUCCAUCCAUCCAACUCAUUCUAUGCACCUAUCAAUCCAUCCAUCCAUCCCAUUCUAUGCAUGCAUCCAUCACAUUCUAUGCAUUCAUCCAUCCAUCCAUCCCAUUCUAUGCAUGCAUCAAUCUCAUUAUAUGCAUCCAUUCAUCCAUAUUCUCUGGGUUUUCUCUCUCUCUCUUUCUCUCUCUUUCUCUCUCUCUCUCUUUUCUCUCUCUCUUUCUUCCUUUCUCUCUUUCUUCCUUUCUCUCU